AUGCUCCCACACCCCACCCACUUGCAAUCGCAGGAGAGCCAGCCCAUCUCGCUCGUGUACGGCGACCAGAACCCGCACUGGAUGCGAACCGUUCGCUACUUCCUCGUCCGCCCGGGCUUACACUCGCUUCACCUCCGCUGCUCUGACUCGAAAAAACUCCCCACACUUGGCACCUACAUCGCUCGCUGCAGCCACUCCCUCUCGUCCCUCCGCCUGGAGAUACAAGGCGAUGUUGGCUCCUCCAAGGGCCAGGAGAGCGAGUGCUGGAGGCUGGAAUUUCUCAAGGAUUGCGCCCAGCUGCAGGAGCUGAAUUUGGGGCGGGGCAUGUGGAAACUCAACUGGCAAUGUGUGAACACGUCAUGGUUCAAGUCAAUCCGCAAGCUGACCCUAGAGCACAUUCAUUACGGGAGCAUGAGCUUCCAGUUUCUCGAGAUUAUCACGCCGCAGCUGCAUGAGUUCACGCUCUAUGAGGACGGCAACGUGCUUCGUGAACAUCCCGGCGUGCCCUCCACCACCACCCUCGCCUUCUCCUUCCCCAACGCACGCCUCCUCCGCUUCCGCUUUGCCAGCACUGAGCUGCACCUCACCCUCACCGUCCCGCCCUCCCUCGAGACCCUAUCAGUUGUGGCCAAACGUCUGGUCCUUUCCUGCAAAAGCAGUGCCCCUCUCGCUCUCCACCACCUCUCGCUAUACGGCCAGGAGCAGCUUGUCGUCUCCUCCCUCCGCCUGGCAUCCACCAGAGUUGCCUACUUGGACGGACCUACCAGUGACCAGGGAGUUUUUUCCUGGACGGAAUUGCUUGGCACUAUAGCGCCAACAGUGGAGGUGCUUAUAGUGAGGCAUGGGGUGCCUAUAAAGAAGGUGGAGGCGGAGUGGGGGAGGCUGCAAAGCCUUGGGAUUGUCGUGCCCCCCUGGGACAAGAGUGCCCAUGUGAACAACUGGGGAAUGGGAAUGGUCUCGGAUGACGAUGAGGGUGAGGAGCAUCUAGACGAUGGCAGGUUGCGCUUCUCUUGGGCGGAUGAACCGGAAAUAACAGCCAAGAUUAAGGAUCGGGAGCGGUUGAUGAAGGCCUUCCCAAAGCCGCCAUCCAUCCGCGCUCCGAAUCUGCGGUUCCUCUUCUUUCCCACCCGCAAGGCGUGUAAUGCGCCCGCACUGGCUGCACUGCGGCAGGACUACCCCGCCCUGGCUCUCUACUGUGUGGUGGACCGCUCCUUCUAUUGGGAGAGGAGAGGCAAGACGGUGAGCAAUGGGCCGGUGGAGCAUGUGAGGAGGGAGAAGAGUGGGGUGUGGGAUGAAGAAGUGUGGGAGAUGCGGGCCAAGAAAGUGAGGGAGAAGAUGCACAGUGUGAACAGGAGGCUGGUGGAGGGGUACUGUGCUGGGGAGGACCAGGUUCAUGUGCUGCAGUGUCAGUAG